UACACGGAGCUUUGCCUCGAGACCUGAGUGUUUAAAGUCGCAGCACACCGGCUGGUACGGGAUGGAUGUUAGUAUGAAGAUCACUGAUGAAGGUUCUCAGCAGCAACACCAUGUUGAUAUGAUGAGUCACAAGCAAGCCUGCAUUGACCUGGAGAAGGCAACCCAUUUCAUCACUCAGGUUUUACAGCAUUCAAUAGGUCGAAACCGGGAGCUGUGUGUAUUGAUCCGUCAUCUGGAGGAAAAGGAUGUGGAGACUGGGCGAAGUCUAUCAGAGCUAGCGGAGUCAAACCGCCAGCUGCAGGUGAAGAUUGAUGAACUACAGAAACGCCUGGAGGAAAAAGAUUGCUCCCUUACACAAGCCAACCACGGUCAGAUGGACUUGUCUGAGGGUUCGAGGCUGCUGGAGGGUCCAGUAUCUCGUAUUAAAGAAGAGGAGGCUCAAGAUGAUUCUGCAGUACAGGGGGCAGAACAGACAACAUCAUCAGCAGCAGACAUUAAAGAAGAAGAAGAGGAGGAGGAGACUCAGCAGAUCUUUGCGGUUAAAGAAGAGGUUGCUGAUGAUGGAGAGCUAAGUAAGAAGCUCGUAGAAAAAAGAGACCCCAGAACAGAACACACUCUUCUCUCCUCAGCUGAGGACAUCAAAACUGGACAGGAAGAGGAGAACACAUCAUACUUGGCUACAGUGUUCAGCUCCGAGGCUGCCCCAUCUUCCCCGUCCCCUGCAGAGAAGAAGCUCCACCACUGUAAUCUCUGUGGCAAAAAUUUUAGUCGUUCGUUUUGUCUCGCUGUCCAUCAACGCAUUCACACAGGAGAGAAACCAUACCGUUGCACUUGGUGUGAUAAAACUUUCACUCAAGAAAGCAGUCUGAAACAGCAUACACGCAUUCACACGGGCGAGAAACCUUAUCACUGUACUUGGUGCGGCAAGAGUUUCAGGCAAGCGAGUAAUUUUAAAGCUCAUCAGCGCAUUCACACAGGAGAGAGGCCAUACCACUGCACUCAGUGUGGCAAGAGUUUCCCUCAAAAGGGAAAUCUCAAACAGCACCAGUGCAUUCAUGCAGGAGAGGGGCUUCACCACUGCACUCAGUGUGGUAAAAGCUUUAAUCAAGAGGGAAAUCUCAGAAUUCACCAGCGUAUUCACACAGGAGAGAGGCCUUACCACUGCAGUCAGUGUGGUAAGAGUUUCAGUCAAGAGGGAAAUCUCAGAAGUCACGAACGAAUUCAUACAGGAGAGAAGCCUUAUGCAUGCUCUCAGUGUGGCAAAGAAUUCAAUGUAAAGGGAAGUCUUAAAAGACACCAGCGUAUUCACACAGGAGAGAGGCCGCACCAAUGCACUCAGUGUAGCAAAUGUUUUAGUCACAUAGAAUAUCUCAAAGUACACCAGCAAACUCACACUAGACCUCAAUGCACAAGAGAGUCUAUACCAGGGAUCUCCAACAUGGUGCAUGCAGGACGCCUAUGAGGGUGCAAACUCUAAAAAUAGUCAACAAGUCCCAUGCGGAUCAUGCUCUAAAAACAUCCUCCAACUUUUCAAUCAUUUUUUUUUAAUUAUUUAUUACUGUAGACCAGAACCAUUUCAAGAAUGUCUUUUACCUUACAUUUGUAACAUUGAAGGAUACAUAGAAUGGAAACCAUUUUU